CAUGGGCCGCGCGGCGUACAGUAGGGAAGUAGAAGACACUUCCUCCUUCAACGCGCUAGUUGCACGCAAACCAGUCGGCUGAAUAGGAAGUCCACGGGUCGUGGGCGAUGGGGAUCCAGCAGCUCGUAUGCGGCUAUUUCAACCGAUGUCACCGCGUUUAGGUGCUCGACCCGUCCGGUUGUUAGUGCGUUAAAAGUGAGGAGGAGCAGGAGGAGGAAGAAGAAGAAGAAGGGGGUUGGGGGGAGGUCAGCCUUUUUCGCCCCCAUGGCUGCGACGUAGCGCAACUCUUUUUUUUUUUUUUAUUUGGAAUCAGCGGCGGAGGAACGACAAACUUUUACCAAACUUCCCAAGGCGCCGCGCGGCAAGGACACGCCAUGAAGAAACAGUUCAAUCGGAUGCGGCAGCUCGCCAACCAGACGGUCGGAAGGGCUGAGAAAACUGAGGUGCUGAGUGAUGACCUCCUUCAGAUCGAGAGGCGACUGGAGUUGGUGCGUUUGAUGUCGCACAACACUCACAAGAAGCUGGUGUCCUGCCUGCAGGGUCAGCUGGGCACGGACACAGAGAAGAGACAUAAAAAGUUGCCGCUGACGACGCUGUCCCAGACCAUGCAGGAGGGAGGCAGUCAGCUGGGAGACGAAAGUCUGAUCGGCAAGAUGAUGGACGUGUGUGGGGAGGCUGAGAGCAGGUUAGCGGCUGAACUGAUGCAGCAUGAAGUCCAGAUUGAGCGAGACGUCCUGGAGCCCCUCAACCAGCUGGCUGAGAUUGAGAUUCCCAAUAUUCAAAAACAGAGAAAACAACUCGCCAAGCUGGUUCUGGACUAUGACUCGGCCAAGACGAGGUACUACCAGGCAGCAAAGUCCAACAACCACGCUAUGGCAGCAAAGGCCGAUUCCCUCAAAGACGAGAUGGACGAGGCUCUCAACAAAGUGGAAAUAUGCAAGGACCAGCUCUCUGCAGACUUGUACAACUUUGCAUCCAAAGAGGGAGACUAUGCACGCUACUUUGUCUUGUUGUUAGAGGCCCAGGCGGACUACCACAGGAGGUCGCUGGCAGCUAUGGAGGCUGCUAUACCAACAAUCAAAUUGCAGCAAGACUCCUGGAUGGAGAAGCCAGCGUUCGGCACGUCUCUGGACGAGCACCUGAAGAGGAGCAACCGCGAGAUCGCUCUGCCAAUGGAAGCCUGCGUCAUGAUGCUGCUCGAGACCGGCAUGAAGGAGGAGGGUCUCUUCAGAAUCGCUGCCGGAGCCUCAAAGCUGAAAAAGCUAAAAGCAGCGCUGGAUUGCUCCACCUCGCAGCUCGAGGAGUUCUACUCUGAUCCCCACGCCGUCGCCGGAGCCCUGAAGUCCUACCUCAGGGAACUUCCUGAACCUCUAAUGACUUUUGGCUUGUACGACGAAUGGACUCAGGCCUCAAAUGUGUCUGACCCUGACAAGAGGCUUCAGGCUUUGUGGGUGACGUGUGACCGUUUGCCAAAAACUCACAAGGCAAAUCUCAGGUAUCUGGUGAAAUUUCUUGCUAAACUGGCUCAGGACAGUGAGGUUAAUAAAAUGACUCCAAGCAACAUCUCCAUAGUCCUCGGGCCCAACCUGCUCUGGGCAAAGACUGAGGGGACGCUGGCGGAGAUGGCGGCAGCCACAUCCGUCCAUGUGGUCGCCAUCAUUGAGCCCAUUAUCCAGCACGCCGAUUGGUUCUUCCCUGAAGAGGUGGACUUCAACGUGUCGGGCAUGUUCGCAGCAACCCCAGACCUGGACCCCAGCCUGGACAGGAAGCGCCCCGGCAGCCUGGUGGGGCAGGACGGGGACGGUCACACCCCCCGUAAAGACAGCCCUGUUAACAAACAGCCGGAGCCCGCCCCACGUAGAGCCAGCGCUGUAAAUAGAAAGCAACCGCAGCUAACCUCACCCACCUUCCAACCCCCAAUGCCCCCUGUGGAGGCCUGGGUUCCUGCCCAGUCUGAGCCCCAGCUUCUUUCCCCGGCUACAGAGGCUGAGCAGCCCGGCCUGAGUGGUGCUAGUGCUGGUGCUGGUGCUGGUGGUGGUGGUGGUCUGGGUGGUGGGGUCCAGGUAGCGACAAGGCAACCUCAGGUUGUAGCCCAGCUCAGCGCAGAGGAGAGCAGCCCUGCCCGUGAACACACCCCCCCACCCCAGAGGAAUGGUUCAGCCCAUCUUACAGUAGGAACCCCCCACUCUCAGGGUGGUUCUAGGGGGCCAAGUCCACACAUGGUUCGCAGAGGCACCAAGAAACAGGCUCCGCCCCCUCCCAAGCAGUUCAGCCCCUUUUCCUCUCAAGCAAAUAACGCCCCCAGCUCCCCUCAUUACCCACCCAUCACGCCCCGACGCCACCCCAGCAAAGACAGCCUGAUCCAUGCGCCGAGCCACCCGCCCCCACAGCCUCCUCUAGCCCCCCAGGCGCAGGGGGAGUCCGAGUCCUCUCCCCCCAGCAGCCCCACUCCUCCCGGUACUCCGCCUAGCGAUGGGCCGCGGUCCAGCCCGCUGUCCUGCUACCAGUCUGGAUCUCUCCCUCGCCCCGCCAGGCCGGCCCCCAAACCACGGCCCCGCCCCAGCAUGCCGCCGCCCCCCCAGCCAGCAGGAAGUGACACCGGUAACGGCGUCUGCGGCUCCUCCUCCAAGAUCAUAACAGAAGGAGGCGUGUCCCUAAAGGGGAUUGGACGAGCCUUCAUUCCUGAGGUGAACGCGGACCAACACCGGGAGAGCUCUGCUGGUCAGGAGCCUGCCACCACCACCUCCCCUCCAGCCCCCCAUUUAGACCCUCAGACAGAGUCCACCUCUCUGUGAAGAAUGGAGGGGUCGCUGCAUUCCUCUUGUGACGUUUAGAAUCAAAUAUGUGACUGAUAACAAGGAAACAACUGCUCUCCGUCUGCCGUAUCUCAGAAAAAAACCCUCAAAGUUCCUGUUAGCUACUGGAUUUCAUAUCAAACGGCCUCUGUUCUAGUUUGCUGGGUAUUUUAAGAUUGGACUGCAGAGCCUUGCUGGCCGGGAGGCAAGUGAGACUUAAAUAUAUUGUGUAUGUAACCUAAACACGCUGAACUCAAAGGGUGCUGAGCUUUCAAAGCUUUCACUUAUCUAUUUGUACUUUUAAUCUAGCUAUUGAUGAUGUUGAAUCUUGUUCAACAUUCAGCAGCGUUUUUGCGGAUGUUUUAGAGCCAGCCACUGAUUCAAUGUUGUUCAGUUUACACGGCUUUGCAAUAAUUGACCCACUUCACUCUAAACACAAAAUAAAUGGAUAUAGGCCAAAGGAAAUUGAAUAUAAGUUUAUAGCUUUUGUGCAAUAAAAAGUGCAAUUGUCUUCCAGUGUUCUCUCCACAGUGCAUAUGCUGUGCAAUUUCAGUUUUUUUUUUUUUUAUCCAGUGGAGAAUAUUUGAUUCCAAAUGGAUAGAUUUAACACAUUUUUAAAUCACCUGUCCUCAUUAAAAGGGAUUUUUUUUUUCAAUACAUAUUUUGUGCUAAUUAUUUUAAAUGCGUAGCUUGUAAUCGAUCUCUCCCACCCAAGCUUGAAGCUAUGACCAAAUACAGCCAAAUUCUAUUUUGUGUAUAUUUACCAUGGCUGAGCAGCUUUUUUUCAUAUUGGGGUGUUUUUGGCUUUUCCAUUUGUUUUAUUUUUGUAUUUCUCCUCUGCAUUUUUAUGGUGUCUUUUCUGCACAUAAUGCAUCAUACAAUGCAUGAUUACUCUUGAAAAUUAAAGGUUGUUCACCAUUUUA